CCUCCCAUUUCUCCCCCUCUUCUUUGAAGAGAUACUGUCAACGACGAAUUCCCGUAAAUUGUUGACAUAAAAUUUGGAAUCGUGUGCGCUUAUGUUCUCGGUCAGAUGUUUAGAAUGCAUAUCUUUCUAUGCUGUAUGACUGUCAACGCAUUUUAAACACUUGCCACAUUCAAUUUAUUUUGUCAUCGUCAUAAAUUAGUGCACGUAUCAAAUGUCGGUAAACAUGACACUUGUUUUCAUUGCCUGAAAUAUCAGGUAAGAGCAAGGUUCUUUAAUAUUAAGGUUUAACACAUUAUGAAUGGCGGUUGAAGGUACUGUACAUGUGAGUGAUGCCUUCAUCAGUAUCAAACAGAAGAGAAGACUUACUUAUGGAACAAUUCUUAUGUUUAAUUUAUGCACAGGACUUGGUUAUGCUAUAAUUUUUCCAACAAUAUGGAAUUACAUUCAUGAUUACUUGAAAGGAAAAUCCUACAUGUUAGGUAUUGUUAUAUCGGCAUACAGCUUUUCAUCAUUCUUUGCCAAUCCUUUGAUUGGUUGGUGGAGUGACCGAAGCUUAAACACAAGGUUGAUAUUAUUGGUAACCAUUUUAGGAGAAUUAAUUGGCAGUGUUCUGUAUUUUGUUGGAAUAAAUACAUGGAUCUUAGUUCUUGGAAGAUUGAUUGCAGGGACUGGAGCAGGUGGGGGUGCUGCUGUAUUAGCCGAUAUCACUCGCACAACGUCAGAGGAAGAAAGAACUCCAGUUCUUUCUAUAGUUAUAGCGUCCCGGCAGCUAGGUCUCAUAAUUGGCCCAGCUUUCAAUAUUUUUCUGUCACAAGUGGAUUUUCAUCUUUUUUCAUUCCCAGUUAAUAAAUAUACAUCUCCUGGGCUAUUUAUGGCUUUUAUUUGGUUGAUCCUUGAAGUGGUUGUUAUGUUUGCCUAUCAUAACCUCACUGUAUUGAAGGAUAAUGAGGAUGUGGAAAAACUCUUUGAAAAUUAUGAUUCCAUCAUAACUGGUAGUCUUCCUUAUAGUGAUGUCGAUAACUCUUCAUCUCUGGAAGUUGCCCUUGCAUCCUCUUAUCCACCAUAUUCAAGUUCUACAGUGGAAUCAGUAACAUCUGGAGUACUUGCAUCCAGUUCAUCACAACCCAAUUUACGAGUAGAAUGGUUUGAAGACAAUGUUGAUAGUAUCAGUUCUUUAAAGAAAGAAGAAAUAGAGACAAUAAAUUGCCAAAAGAUUGUUAUUGAUCCUAAUAAGUUGUCUCAGUACUAUGGACAGUUACCUUCUAACAGGCUGCGGAGGGGAGUAGAGCGUUCAGAGAGUGUGUCAGAUAGAAUGAUUGAAUCUGCUGAGCGGUUAAUUCAGAGUACUUCAGGUUCUUAUGCUAAUUAUGCACAACCAAAUGACUGUACUCAAAUUACACAAGACUCUCCUGAUAUUCGAGCAUCUAGUUCUAAUCCUAGCACACCAUUUUCAUCUAGACGUCCAUCUGUUCCCAAUGAAAGAACUAGUCUGUUAGGGCAUAUAAAACAGGAUUAUUUUAAAGAUGAAAUAGUAGUCUUGUUGGGAUUAGCAUUCAUAUCUUGCUUUUCACAAACUGUGCUGGAGACUGUUGUUACUCCUCUUGCACAGAAGUAUUAUCAUUUUAAUGAGAUGGAUAAUAGUUAUAUCUACUUAUUUGCUGGAAUAGAGGUGAUACUAGUAUUUUCAAUGAUCAAAUACAUCAGCCGGAAAAUAUCAGACAGAUGUCUUAUAAUAUUUGGACUGGUGAUUCUAUGUGUGGCAAUGGUUUUACCAGUCUUUUUUAUUCCAUCUGCAAUACCUGGCGAGACAAAAACUUUGCCCUUUUUCAUCAUCACAGUUGUGAUAGAUCUUAUAGGAAUUGCCAUCAUUGUUGUCUGUUCUUCAUCUUUACUGUCAAAACUAACCAGUGAAGACAGCCAAGCCUUAUUUCAGGGAUUCCGUAGGAGCAUGUGCAGUCUUGGUUGCAUAUUGGGCCCUUUGUGGGGUGGAGCUUUCUUGUUUGAUAUCAGACUACUUUUUUGUAUACCUCUGGCUGUAACUGCUGUGAUUACAGUGCUUUUCCUUGUUUCGUACAAAAAGCUAGAAGCUGAAAGGUUCGAACAGUGAUAACCUGCCUUUUGCACAUUCCUCACUUAGAAUUUUAAUCAUUUCAUCAAGUCCAUUUAGAUUUAUUUUAAUUUUUAUUUGUAUUUGAAAUUUUGUAUUUUAUUGUUAUUUUCUUUAAUAAAUUAUGAUAAGCACA